GCGCAGGCAAAUGUCGUCGGCCGCGGCGGAGCAGUCCACCUCAGGGGCGCCGGCGCCGCUGGCAUCGAUGGCGUCGCUGGCGUCGGCCAGCGAGCGCCUGCGCCCGGCGGCGGUGGAGGUGCGCGGCGCCUACAAGAACUACGGCGACACCGUCGUGCUGGCGGGCAUCGACAUGACCGUCCCCCGCGGCACCAUCUACGGGCUGCUGGGCGCGAGCGGCUGCGGGAAGACGACGCUGCUGAGCUGCAUCGCCGGGCGCCGCCACCUGGACGCGGGCAGCGCGCGCGUCUUCGGCGAGGAGCCCGCGCCGGGCCCGCGCCUCGGCUUCAUGCCGCAGGAGCUGGCGCUGUACAUGGAGUUCAGCAUCGCUGAGACGCUGUUCUACUUCGGCACGCUCGUGGGCAUGCGGCCGGGCGCCAUCGAGGAGCGCACCGACCGCCUGCUGGAGCUGCUGCACCUGCCCUGCGCGGACACGCGCGUCGCCAAGCUCAGUGGCGGGCAGCAGCGGCGUGUGUCCUUCGCGGCGGCCCUGCUGCACGACCCCGAGCUGCUGGUGCUGGACGAGCCCACGGUAGGCGUGGACCCCGUGCUGCGACACAGCAUUUGGGAUUAUCUCGUGGAAAUCACUAAAACAGGAGACAAGAGUGUGAUAAUAACAACACAUUACAUCGAGGAAUCCAAGCAAGCGCACACCGUGGGGCUGAUGCGCGGCGGGCGGCUGCUGGCGGAGGACGCGCCCGACCGCCUGACGGCGCGCUUCUCCUGCGGCAGCCUGGAGCGCGUCUUCCUGCUGCUGAGCUCGCGCCAGCUGGCGUCGGCGCCGCCGCCGCCCUCCGAGGAGCAGCACGCCCGCGCCCUCGCGCCGCCGCUGCCCUCGCCCGCCGACUGCCCCGACGCGCCCGCGCAGACACUGGAGAAGGAUUCGGUCAUGUUGUUCAUUUUUGCUCAACCAGUUUUGCAAAUUAUGUUUUUUUGCCUUGCAAUUGGUCAAGAUCCAACUGGACUUAGUAUAGCUGUUGUAAAUCAUGAACUCAAUUCUAGUUAUUUAUGCUCAGAACAUAUUCACCAUCAAUGUCAGUUGGAAUACCUAAGUUGUCGGUACCUGCAUCAUCUAAACAAUAGUAAAAGUAUUGUACAAGAAAAUUAUUCUAACAUCAGCAAUGCAGUGUCAGCAGUUAAAUCUGGUCAUGUAUGGGGAGCAAUCUACUUCACAGAAAAUUACACUGAAUCUUUACUUCAAAGAAUCAACUUCUCAGACACAUCUUACUUUGAGCCGAAUGACUGGGACAACAGUGAAAUCAAAGUGUGGAUGGACCAGUCAAAUCAACAUAUAGCACAAACUAUUCAGUAUGAUUUAGUUUUGACCUAUCAAGCAUUUCUUGCUGAUGUGCAUAUGGACUGUAAAUGGAAUUUAAAACUUGCUGAAGCACCUAUUAAGUUUGAGACACCAGUGUAUGGCUCAAUUCGGCCAGUGUUUACAGAUUUUGCAUGUCCUGGAACAAUAUUAAUGAUUAUCUACUUUUUGGCAGUAACUCUCACAGCUGGGGUGAUAUUGACAGAAAAAACUGAAGGAUUGCUGGAUCGAGCACUCAUGACAGGAUUGCUGGUGCCAGAAAUACUUGUUUCCCAUGUAGUCACACAAUUUGCAGUCAUAUGUGGCCAAACAUCUCUUGUUCUCCUGUUUUCUUUCGCUGUGUUCAAUAUUCCACAUCAUGGGCCUAUGUUUGCAGUUAUUGUGCUAACAUUACUGCAAGGACUUUCUGGAAUGUGUUUUGGUUUAUUAAUAUCAUCGGCUUGUGAUAACAUCAUGAUGGCUACAUAUUUGGGCAUGGGCAGUUUCCACCCGCUAGUAAUUCUCUCUGGAGUGAUUUGGCCAAUUGAAGGAAUGCAUAGUAUCCUUCGAUACAUAAGUUACUGCCUUCCACUCACAUAUCCCACAGAAUCUCUAAGAUGCCUUCUUCUACGAGGAUGGGGAGUGGAUUCACCUACGGUGUAUGGUGGAUUCCUCGUCUCGGUAGCAUGGAUAACUAUAUAUGUAAUAACAACACUUGUAAUAUUACGAUUCAAGAAACUUUAACAAAUCAAUGGCCUGUACAGUGUAUUAAUUUAUGGAGAUAUAACCAUGUGAAUUGUAAAUGGUAUUUUAAAUUAUUCUUUUUUGUACUUAUCCACAUGCAUUCAUUAUUUCUGAGUAUAUGUUGUUCCUGUAAUGGAUGUACUGUAGGAAAUAUAUUUUCAUAUUGCAUUUUGCAUGUAGUUAAGUAAGAACAUCUGCCAAAGAUGUGUUUACACAACCCAAGAUGUAGAAGUGCUGCUGUUAGUACAAGUAUAGUUUAGUAUGAAAUACACUAUCAUUUUACUGUAAGCCAUUGUCACAUCUAUUCCAGUGGGAAAAACAAAAACUCAUACAAGUUAUGUUACAUUAUUCUGAAGGUACAGAAAAUUGUCUGUGCACAAAGAUGCACCGGUAUAUGAUACAAAAAACAUUCCUCCAUAGACAAUUAUAGAUCGUAGAAAAGAAAAAAUUGUUUGCCUUUAAAUUUUAUUUAUGCAAACUAUGCCAAUUUGUAAUGCAUAAAACUUUUUAUUAAUUAAAACAAAAUUCAGAGCAAUCUUGUAGUUCUAUACAUAGUUAUUACUGCAACAAAUAUGGAGAUUAGAGUAGUGUUGUGAUAAAUAGGUUCAAUAUAAAAGCUGUAUUCAUGAUUAUGGAUAAAGACCAAUGUUACUUUACUCAUUACGCAUGAAACUUGAAGUUAGUUCUAUGGUACAGUUUCAUUUUAGAUUCAAAAUGGAGAAUACGCAUGUUUUAAAGGCAUUUUGUGUAAUUAUUAAUGCAUAAAACUUUUUUAUUCUCCAGAAUGUCAAUAACUUGUUAAUUUGGAAUAUUAAUUAAAAAUGUUUUGUACAUAUUAUGUAAAUUGAAAAUAAAUUACAAUUGAAUUGACACUCCAACAUUAAAAUUUUGAAUUCAAUAUUUGUAGUUAACUGGUUUCUUAAUUGUGAAUUUUACACACAGAUCAUACAUCUUGUAGUGCAUGUGAAGAUCAAUCAGUAUCAUCAAUUUCAUCACUUCGCAUGACAAUCAAAACCUCAUCUACAUACCAUUUGCAAAAACAAGGUCUAUUGAUAAAUAAAAUUGUUUUAUCAAUUGACCUGACAGCUCAGAAAACAAAGGUAAUGGGAACGCCAAGGGGUGUACCAGUCAACAUUCUUUAAAUAACGUCCAAGGUAAAUUUAAUAUUAUUAAGUUAACAAUCGACACCAAUUAGAAUUUAAUUAACAGGAAAUGAAAAUUUGGUACUUUCAAAACAUACUUUUUCAAGGAUUCCAGUUUAAGAUGGUGAGGAUGCUAGAAAACAUUUCAACCAUAUGAAGUAAAUUUCAAAACCAGGUUAUACUGCAAAUUCUAGUUUCUUCUAAGCCAUUAUGACAAUCUUUAUUAAUCUUUAAGAGUGGUUUCAAUAUACUAUUAAAAAAAUUACAUUAAUUAAACUUUGCAGUGCCAAUUACCAACACCACUGAUCUAACAGAAAAAUUGUUAGUAAUGAUAGAAGUUCAAAUAAAUUUUUCUUUUACAGAAUAACUGCUUUUUCCUCAUCUAUAAAUAAAGAAUACUUAUCACAAUAAUAACAAUAUUUCCUGAUAUUAAGUCAUUAAAUUUGUAUAAUCUUGACUUGAUACUGGUCUAUGUCUACUGAAUAAUGUAAUUCUGAACCCUUCUGCACAGAGCAAGGUUGGAUGCAGAGGCUUUCCGUUGCAGGUGUAGUGAAAAGCACUGUGCAUCAUCUUAGGUAGCCAGCUCAGCAUACCAAUACAUCAAAAAUCAGUUAUCGCCAAGAUACAGAGUGAAUUUCAAAGCAUGUUACCCUUGAAUAAAAGGAAAAGGAACAGGUCAUCUCAAGGUGGCUUCCACACUAAAGUAAACACAAAUGCUUAAUCACCAAAGAGCAGGAGCGUGCAAAUGUGCAGGAAUACAUAGUCACCACAAUUAACACAAAAUGACUGAACAUACUGACAUCAACGGUGUAUCAAAUUGUUUGAUUUCAUGAAAUUGGUUACUGUAACAUAACAUUUUAUUUUUCACAGAAUCAUUGGUGACUAGUUGUAUUUUACAAUUACGAGACAAUUUCAUUUUCAAUGCAAGUUUUAUAAAAUAAUCUGACAUACCCACAACAAAAUUUGACCAUCAUCACAGAUUUAUAUGGUGGUCUAUUAUGCAUGUAAAUAUGAAGGGCAUGUAAAUAUGAAGAGAAUUGGCACACACAUUAAUGUGCGCAUCAACUAUUUGGACUCCUCACUUCCCUGAAACUAUUAAGCGAAUUGAAAGCUGUAAAAUAUUUUUUUAUUAUGAAGCAUGUGAAUUUAAUUAGGCUACUGAAAUGCAUAUCUACAAAGAAAUUGCAACAUUUACCUGUCUAAGUACUAUGGGAUAUCAAAGAACACAAUGAUUUACAAAUGAUUUAUUGGCGGAUGUUUCUGGGCACAUUAACUACUAUAGUCAUUGGCCUAGUUAGUGCAAUGAAUAUUUCAUCAUGAGAGUAUUAUUUCUCCUAGCUGGAGGUUAAUAUCAGACAGUGACCCAAAUGUCGACACCAGGUAUAUACCCCAUUGGGGCACCACUCCAGCGAGAAACAAGUUCAGUUACAUUAAUUCUAACAUUGUUCUAUUUAUAACCAACUACUGGCAUUGAACGUGAAGUAGAGUAAUUCUCCUUUAACUUGGUCAAUCAUCACCAGCCAUAGUCAGUCAUUACCUUUUAUCCCUAUCUAAACUCCUCACUGAUCUCCCAACAUUGUGUGUGUGUGUGUGUGUGUGUGUGUGUGUGUGUGCGCGCGCACACGUGCGUGCAUGCAUGCAUGUGUGAGGCAAGAGGAAAGGACAAGGAAGAUAACACAAAGAUUGCCCACAGUCUGUUAGCGUACUGCUCCAGAAUUCACGUAGUAUUAAUUAGAGAAACAACAAAAAACUAUCAAUCAGAGCAGCCUGCCACAAGAAUUUUCCCGCAGAAAGC